AAAAUGUAUGUUUUUCUUCCGGCUCAAUCGAUGACAUCCGGUGAUUGAUAUCCAAAAUAACAUCAUUCACGAGUUCAACAUCGUCAACAAAGUUGUUUUUAAAGAUGGAGACAGGCUAAAGUAGAAAAAGAAAACACUUCAUUCAAUGAUGAGCGCUUCUGUUAAGCCAAGAUUAUUUAACCUAGCUUGCACAUUGAGUAGUUUGGCUGACAUAUAGAUGCAACAAAAUGGACGAAGACGAGGAAAAAACGUCCAGUCAACCGUCUACACCAUCAAACCAUGUCAGAGCCAACAAGCUGGGCCUCCUGACGUCCGGCAUCAACCGUCAAAUCACGUCCGCCAGGUCGGUGUCCAUGAAGCACAUCAAAAACGUCAAGUCGAAGAUCGACAGCCGCAUUCACCUGGGGGUCGACGCGCCCCCCGGCAAGCACCUGUACGACGAGCGAGCCCCGAGGAAGUUGUUCGAUGACGAGGGCAUCGAGCUGCAGGACCUCUCGUCUUUCUCUGGCGCCAGCGAGGUUUCCCUGUCCAACGAGGAGCUGCUCAAGGCUGGACACUCUGGCACGAUGCUCAAGACAAGUCCAGUUACCGUACAUCAGCUUGGAACCAGCCCCACCCCAGGAGUUACACCGCGGCUACCUGCUAUCCGGAUAUCCCGGCCGUCAGAUGAUUCGAUUGUAGAGCCGCCGACGUACGAGGAAGCAACAGCCCAGCGGGCAGACUUGGAGCACGUACCUAGCGGCAGGCUGAGGCGAGGCUCCGAUUUUUCCCCGGGUAGCUCCAGCGGUACUUCCGGCCAGCGCGAACCACGUGACAGGAUACUGGAUAAGAUAGAACGGAUUGGCCAGGAUGUGCGCGCGCAGAGCAGCGUCGCGCCAAGAGGGAACGUAGCCCCAAGAGAAGACACGGCGCCUGUGAUACCACACAGCGAGCUGAGAGCGUUAGAGAAUGCAGAAACCAAUAGCCGCUUUCUUAAAGUCCAGCCCAACAGUUUUGACCAAGAUGGUUCAGACCACAUCAACAUCUCCAACACAAUAGAAUUAACGGACAGCCGGUACAGCGUGGCGUCCAACACAGCGUUUAGGUUCUCCCCAAUAGAAAACAAGGCCGUGAACUUUCCUCAAGCAGACGACCAAUUUCAAGGUCACGAUUCCUCCAUCAGCAAACACCGUGCAAGCCCCCUAUCCGAUGAAAUGCGACGUCAGCUAAACCAACAGAUCACAAAAGGCGGCACCCCCAGGCUGACCCGCCCUGUCUGGGCCACCGCCCAGGGGCCACUGGUGGAGGAUGAGGACACAGUCCACGUGGCCAUCCCACUGUUCCCUGACGACGUGCAGCAGGCCAUUAGUCACGCCGUUAAGCCGCUCCGGUCCAAAGACGACCUGACCCCCGGCACGCGGGCUGCCAGAGCUGAGGAGACCACACGGAACAUCAACCUGCUCAAGAAGUACGAGAUAGAAAACAUCCACACCUUCAACCCCCAGCCUCCCGUGGGACCGGCCCAGAAGAAGCCCUACCAGAAUGAGAUGUACAGAAUGUUCAGCACCGGUACGGGACCCAUGUUUGUCGCCAGACGACCGGCUCCCUCGGCCCCGUCCGCGGACGUCCAGGAGCAGCAAGCAACUUUCUCGUACCCGUACACAACGUCGUACGCACCGCAUGGGUUUUACUACAACACGGGCCAGCCCGCGGCCACAAGGGAUCUCAUAGAUGCAGGCACGGCCUCGCCAGUGUACCACGAUAUCCAGUCGUUUGAGGACCGUCAUUACAGAGAACCCAGCACACCGAAACACCCGUCCAAGAUAAAGGGUGGCAUCACUUCCGUCUUCUCGUUGUUUCGAUCCACCCCCGUCAAGCUGAAAGAGGAUCGGCGUGGCAGCGACACUGUCGACCCUGCCACCACUGGUCACACCGUCAGGUUCACGGACCAACCCGCCACCCGACACUCGUUUGACAGUGUCGACCCCCCCGUCCCGUUCUAUGUUCAGAACACCAAGGAGAGGCGGCCAUCUUUACCGCACCACCGAGAGAGCCACUCCUUCUCCAUAGAUGAGUUGCUGAUGCAGGUUGCGUGCUGUUGUUGUUGGCCGAUUGGUCUCGCUGCCAAGAUCUUGACCUGCACGACGUCACGCAAACGAGACGCGACGUGCAUGGCAUACAUGGGACGUCAGAUGACGUUGUAUGCCCUGCUAGUGGGCAUCGCAUUUUACAUGGUCACCAUCGUGUUUCUGGUCUCCGUCUUACUCACCUUACUGCAGGACAACAGGUAGACGCACGUGCAG